AUGGAGGCGUCUCGUGGACCUCCACGAGUCAAAAACAAGGCCGCCGCGCCGGUCCAGAUCUCCGCGGAGCAGUUGCUCCGAGAGGCUGUCGACCGGCAGGAGCCCGGCCUGCAGGCGCCGACGCAGCGCUUUGCGGACCUCGAAGAGCUGCACGAGUACCAGGGACGGAAAAGAAAAGAGUUUGAGGAAUAUGUGCGGCGUAAUCGCAUUAACAUGAACAACUGGAUGCGAUAUGCUGCCUGGGAAUUGGAACAGAAAGAAUUCCGCCGGGCGCGAUCGAUUUUCGAGCGUGCGCUGGACGUUGACUCGACAUCGGUCGUGCUGUGGAUCCGCUAUAUUGAAGCAGAGAUGAAAACCCGGAAUAUCAACCACGCGCGAAACCUCCUCGACCGCGCCGUGACCAUCCUACCCCGCGUGGACAAGCUCUGGUACAAGUAUGUGUACAUGGAAGAGACCCUCGGUAACAUUCCUGGUACUCGCCAAGUCUUCGAGCGUUGGGUUUCGUGGGAACCUGAUGAGGGCGCGUGGGGCGCAUACAUCAAGCUGGAGAAGCGGUACAACGAGUUCGAGAGAGCGCGCGCGAUCUUCCAGCGCUUCACCAUUGUCCACCCCGAACCGCGGAAUUGGAUCAAAUGGGCCCGUUUUGAGGAGGAGUUUGGCACGAGUGAUUUGGUCCGUGAAGUCUACGGCUUGGCGAUCGAAACGCUAGGAGAAGACUUUAUGGACGAAAAGCUGUUCUCGGCGUAUGCCAAGUUUGAGGCCAAGCUUAAAGAAUACGAGCGUGCACGGGCGAUCUACAAAUAUGCCUUGGAUCGACUCCCGCGAUCGAAGUCGAUGGCCCUGCACAAGGCGUACACCACAUUUGAAAAGCAGUUUGGCGACCGGGAAGGCGUGGAAGAUGUGAUCUUGUCCAAGCGCCGAGUGCAGUACGAAGAGCAGUUGAAAGAGAACCCGCGCAACUAUGACAUCUGGUUCGACUUUGCACGACUCGAGGAAACAGCCGGUGACCCGGAGAAGGUGCGGGACAUCUACGAAAGAGCGAUUGCACAAGUCCCUCCGUCGCAGGAGAAGAGGCACUGGCGUCGAUACAUUUACCUUUGGGUCUUCUAUGCUGUCUGGGAAGAGAUGGAAGCCAAGGAAGUGGAUCGCGCUCGGCAGAUCUACCAGGAAUGCCUGAAGUUGAUUCCGCACAAGAAAUUCACCUUUGCCAAGGUCUGGCUCAUGAAAGCCCAGUUUGAGAUCCGACAAAUGGAGCUGCAGGCGGCUCGGAAGACACUCGGCCAGGCGAUCGGAAUGUGCCCGAAGGACAAGCUCUUCCGGGGCUACAUUGAUCUUGAGCGCCAACUAUUCGAAUUCGUGCGGUGUCGAACGUUGUACGAGAAGCAGAUCGAAUGGAACUCCUCCAACAGCCAGUCCUGGAUGCAGUAUGCGGAGUUGGAACGCGGUCUGGAUGACGCGGAUCGGGCCCGGGGAAUCUACGAGCUUGGCAUCGAGCAACCGGCGCUGGACAUGCCGGAGCUGGUGUGGAAGGCAUACAUUGACUUUGAGGAGUACGAAGGCGAGUAUGAGCGCGUGCGGUACCUCUACGAGCGUCUUCUGCAGAAGACGGACCAUGUGAAGGUGUGGAUCAACUACGCCCGAUUCGAGAUCAAUGUCCCCGAGGACGAGGAAGAGGAGGAGGAAGAAGAGAAGCCAGUCAGCGAAGAUGCGAAGCGACGUGCACGGGCAGUCUUCGAGCGGGCCCACAAGGUGUUCAAGGACAAAGAUCUCAAGGAAGAGCGCGUGGAACUUCUCAAUGCCUGGCGCUCCUUCGAAAACACGCACGGUUCGAGCGAGGACAUCGAAAAGAUCGAAAAGCAGAUGCCCCGACGGGUCAAGAAGCGCCGCAAGCUGGAAGACGAUCGCUACGAGGAGUACAUGGACUAUGUGUUCCCCGCCGACGAUCAAUCGGCCGCCAAUCUGUCGCGGCUGCUCCAGAAGGCGCACCAGUGGAAGCAAGGCCAAUCGUAG